UCCAAUAAGAUAGUGAGUGGUGCAAGGCUCUGUAAGAAGCUGGCAAGUUCAAAAUACAAAACAAAAAUAUUAUAUUUAAAAAUUGAGGUUUAAAAGAAACCCAUCUGUAACCGUCUGGUGUAUUUCAGGGGAGCGCUUUGGUAUCAAGUUUUUAAGAGAUUUUUAGCCGUUGGACGCAGCAAUGAUCAAAGGAAAAUCAGGGAAAGCGGAUCUAACACUAUCCACCCGCUUUCAGGUAAAAUAUCUUGGCUGUGGAAAAACAGAAGAACCCGGUGUCGCUGGGAUAGAAAAAGCAGUACGCAAAAUACAAGAACAAGUGAAAGACGAUGACAAAAGCUGUCCGAAAAUGUAUUUAGAGGUGGAAACUAACGGCGUAAAAUUCACGGAGGUGAAAACUAAGUCCACAAUGAACGAAUCAAAGUUUAUAUCUCUUGAUAACAUUUCUUAUUGUACUUUAAACAGACUUGACGCCACUAUCUUUGCGUUUAAUCACCACAAAGGUCCAUCAGUAAUCGAAUGUCAUGCGCUGGCCUGUGACAGCGAAGAGAGAGCAAAAGCUAUUGGACUGGCUUUAUAUGCUGCUUUUCGAGAAGGACAUUUUCAAAAGCUGCGUCGGGAUAGACGCAAGUCCUUUGAGCAGAAGCGCUUUGAGAGGAGAACAAGUUUUGAUAAUUACGACUGCAAAACCUCUAGCAAUACUACCGAUGGAAAAUCUUCUUUAAAUGUUGCAAAAGAUUCUCCGAAUGAGGACAAUUCAACCAACGAUGUUGGCCAUUUUGAGCCAUGUCGAGGCAAUUUAGAGGUAGAUAUUCAUAGCAAUUACGAGGAACAAGAUCUUGAAUUGGAUAAAAUUAUUGAGGAUCUUCUGUCGACAGUGGAAUUAGAAAGGGCAAAAAUUGAACAAGAUUCUGUUUGAGCCAACAUGGCAUCAUAUUGUUUCUACAGUAAUAUGGUAUCGCGGGAAAUUAUAUUUUGUAAGUAACAUUGUAACAGCGUUUUAUUUUCAACAACGAAUAAGUGUAAUUUUAAUUUUCAAUAAGGUUUUUCGGUAAGUGUGGUCCACUACUAAGCGAAAAUUAAGAAUCUUCUUAAAUGAAUACACCUCUAACGAUCAUUUCCGAAAAGGAAAUUUGUUUUUAAUCUUAAAUUAAGACGUGGAUAAAAAGUGGUCUAAAAAGUGACACGCAAACUUCCUUUGUGUUUGAGACGGAAUGUUUUGUUCAUGCUAGACAAUAUAAAUAGAUUGCUGAGUCAACUGACAGCAUGGGUUACUUCA